CGUAUUCCGGAGAGCGAGCUGGAGGAGGCUGGGGCGGGGUCCAGCGCCGAGCACUCUCCGCGGAUCGGGGAAGCGCCGCCUUUGCCCACGUUUGCCGGGAGCGGCGGCGGAGGGAGGUUGGAAGAGGGUCUGAGAACAACUGACAGAAAUGGCAGCGCACAGCAGCGUUUGGGUAUUGGCUGGACUUUUUCUCGUUGUCCUGGCAGCCUGUGACCCUGUCAGAAUUGAAGCGGAUGUCGGUGAAGAUGUGCUCCUGCCCUGCAUUGUCAAAUGUGGAGACGCUAUCAGUCUUUCAAACCCGACAGUUAACUGGCAAGUUAACUGGUUAAAUGGGAGUUGUGAAGUCGUGAACAGCUACUACUAUGGCCAGAACCAUCCAGAGUAUCAGUGUGGACAAUAUAAGGGGAGAACGGAGUUCUCUUCUCAGGGAUUGUCCGAUGGCAACGCUUCUCUGCUACUGAAGAAUGUAACCCCCGCUGACUUUGGAAACUACACCUGUCAUGCCAGUUUAUAUGAGAACACUCCCCAAACUUUACAGAUUGUCCUGCUUAUGCAGAAAAAGACCCAAGGUGCAACUGUUCAGACAGACGCCUACGUUCCAGGAGGACAUGAAAAACGACUCCGCGUUCUAAGCGUUUGUGUGCCAUUGAGCGCACUAGUGAUUCUUGUAGUAGGGAGCUUUGCAGGGUACUGUUGGUGUAAAAAGAAGACUACGAAGGCUAAAGAAGGUAUGUGCAAUAGUGUGUGUGUGAGACGAGUCGUUUUAAAAAUCAGUUUUCAUUACAAUGCCAAACCAGUAAAGAGAAACAAAGAUCCUGUCAACCAUGAUAUCCCCUAGGCAGCAAGACAAAAAUAUUUGCAAAAUAAGGUUUUAAGCUAUUUCUUCCUGAGACAAACAAAUCUUAAUAUUUGCCCCUUGGACAGCUGGACCGUGCGUUACUAACAUAAAGGCACUGAAGCACUAUGGCCUAGUGUAAAAAGCACUGGACUGGGACUUGCGAGACCCAGAGUCUAUUCCUGGCUCUGCCACUGGCCUGCUGGUUGACCUCGGGUAGGUCAUGCCCCCGCUCUGUGCCUCAGUUUCCCCAACUGUAAAAUAGGAAUGACACUCCCUUGUAAAGCGCUUGGAGCUCUCUAGGUGAAGAGCUAGGUAUUAUGGAACAGUUGUAAAGGUUUAGUAAUGCACUUGAAGACCUAAAUAAGACCUUUACACAACAAAGGUAUAGACAGCUGAAGAGCAUUUCAAUAAUGGUGUCUUAUAGAGCUAGAUAAGCCAAUAUCCAAGGCAGCUUCCUUAUCUUACCCAUCAAAUUCUCUGCCUCUUAGCCUGCGAUUCCAGAAAAGCACAAGCUAACAGGGCUCGGGGGUGGCUUUGCCGUGAGACCCGAGCAAGGGGCAGCUGGAGCAGCCCAUAAGGCAGAGUUUGAUUGUUGCUCCGAGGGGAAGAAUCCAGUGGCAGGUCUGCACCUGGUGCAGGUACUUCCCCGGCAUGCUGGCAGAACAGCGCUAGGUGGGGCUAUGGAGGGUGGAUGCAAAGCCCACUCUGCCCGCUCCACAUCCUGUCCCCUCUGCUUGCACGGUGGGCCACGUACCAGCUCCCCGGAGGCUGCUCUCCUCACCACGCUGCUACCUACGAUCCAGGCAGCUGGACACGGGAUUGAGGAGAUGACUUAAAGUUUAAAGAAUCCAGUCACUAACCCUUCCCCAACCCCUCUGGCCAGCCCUGUGCAGAGACAUGUGACUGAAUUAGGAAUCGGGUUAUAGCUGGGUGGGGGAGAGGAGUAAAGAAUGUUUCCUGGAGUUACCCAAAGUUCCUAAGGCUUUGCUGAUUAUUAAAGCGUUCAGCCCUCGCUAAGGCUGGAAAUGUGCUGGCUGCUGCUUCUCUGAGGAGCUGUCACUCCCUAAGCCGCGCUGGCUAGUGCUUGAUGGCUCUCAGCAAAUGUGCUUGUUCUCCGUUUCCUUCCGUACCCUCCCCACGUUACUGGAUGUCGGGAUCUUCCUGGGGGCUGAGAGAACCCAAAAGGCUCCUGUGGGCGAUGUGUGUGCAAAGCUGCAUGCUCAGCACUUCUUUCAGCUCAGGUUCUACAGUCUAGUGUUUCCUGGUUUGUGUUUGACGUGUAUUUUUGCAGGUGAUGAGGAAGCAGCUCAGGCAAGGGAGGAAGUCACAUGCCCGAGGAACUCAGAAAAUACUUCAGUGACGUCCCUACACGGCACUUGGUAGCAAGGCUCGAUCCUGGGAAGCAGUGACUGAAAACGGUUUUUGUGGGGGGUGGAGAGCAAGCAGCCGCACAUGAGCUCCUGGUCUGAUGCUGCUGUGGUCAAAAGGGCUAAUGUGACCCUUGGGUGCAUGAGCAGGGAUGCACCUCGAGCAGAACUACAGAGGGUAUUUUACCUUUAUAUUUGGCACUGAUGCAAACGCUGUUGGAAUCCUGUGUCCAGUUGUGGUGCCCACCAUUCCAGAGGGAUGUUGAUGAUAAAGUGGAGAGGGUUCAGAGAAGAGCCACAAGAAUGAUUAAAGGAUGAGAAAACCCGCAGGACAGUGAUAGACUAACGGAGCUCAAUCUGUUUACCUUGACAAAGUGUAGGUCAAGGAGUGCCCUGAUUACAGUCCAGGUAUCUACAUGGGGAAGAAAUAUUUAAUAAAUAAUAUUUAAUAAUAUUUGUUCCUGAGACAGCAAAACUCUGUAGUGAUGGGGGAGUGCCUGGUGCUAAGGUGGACUAUCAAGGUCCUGAGGCACUACUCGCUCGGUGUGUCUUUUACCCUCCUCGCUGACCAGGCCCCUCUGCAGUGGCUGCAUGCGCUGAGAGACAUGAACCCCAGGUUGACCUGGCUCUGCAGCCCCAUGCGCUUAUGGUUCACCCCCAGUCCAGGGCCACCCCGGUGAAUGUGGACUAUAUUUCUCAUGAGGAGGGAGGCAAAGAGUGCACCAACUUCACUCUUGGGAGGGCUGGGGAGGUGUGUAACAGGACAGCCUGUCUCUGCAAGGACCGUGGGGGCCAGGAAGCAGCCAAGCCCGUCCCACAGAGCAGCCCAGCAGGCCGGUGCUGGGAAUCAGCCAACCCGGCUUGACAGCAUUUAGAGACUGGGUCUGAUUCCCAGCUGCAGCUGAGGGAUAUAAAUGGAGGGCCCAGGAGAGGGGCUGAGCAUGCUGGUGCGACACCCCACCCCCCCGCUCCGCCCCCACCUUAGACUGGGGAAGGUGUUCCAGGGCCUUUAGCUCCCACAGGCCUCACAGCAUCAGCUGAGAACAGGGCAGUUGCUUUUUGUUAUUCCAUGUUUCCUUUUGGAUGGAUGCUGGGGAACACACCGAUCCCUGAGCAAAGGGCUACAAACGGAACUGGGGGUGGCCGAUUUUGUCCCAAAGUGGCAAUGGGGGUCCACCAGCCUACCCUCAUCUACAAAGGCAUGUAACUGAAUCAGUUGCGCUGCUCUGACUGACAAAUGACUAUUUGUAGGCAACGGAGGUUUCAACUCCCGCUUACAGUUUGCUUCAGGACUCUAUUUUCUCCCCAGUUACAGCUUGCUCGCCUAGCACAGAAAACAUCCAUCUUUCUAGCACCAGCAGCCCAUUGUUCAGGCCUGUUGCCAAAGUUCUAGAAAGCUGAAUGAGGCAAAUCUAAAGUACUUACACUCCAACGAAUGAGAAAACUAUUAAAAAUACUAUCUCCACUCUACAAUGAGUCAGGAAUGCUUGACUGGUCUUGCUAUUCUUGCAAUCGAACAAGACAUCACUGUGUCUUUGUCAUACGAUGAUAUUAUUACUGAUUUUGCAGCCAAAAAGGCAAGAAAGAUUGCUUUUAAUUAAAAGCAAAUCCUUGUUUCAAUAUCUCUUCAUAGAAAUGUCCAAUAAAAUGUUGACAAAUUCAAAACAUUAUAUUAUUUGUAUCAUUCUGUCAAUAAAUCAGAAUUUUUUCUAUAGUGCUACUUCUUUAGUGCAAGUAUAAUCCAUCAGCUUCAUAGCGUGCUUAAUUAGUUUAGGAUGGUUUUAAUAAAGGGCAAGGGUAGUGACCCUGGGAAAUGUGCAGGUCAUAGUGGAUGGCUUUGCUGCAAUGGGAUUCCCUAACUGUGGUGGGGCCAUAGAUUAGCCCAGGAAGGGUGGUGGAGGAGGGAAGGA